UAGUUUGUGCCUCCCACUCUUUGGGACCUGGCCAUGAAUAUUGCCUUCUGUGGUUCAGUCUAUCUCUUCCUGCUUCCUGCAAACACUUUUCAAGGGCCAUUUUUCUGCUGGGAAGAUUUGGCUGUGGUGUUACUCUGAUUCGCUUUGAACCUCACUCUCUCUUAGAUAUCCUUGUGUGCUUUCCGCAAUAAUGGCCGAAAAACCACAAGCCACCACUGAAAAUCCAGCCCAGCAAGCACUAGAGAAGCUGUCGAACCAGCUGUCGUGUUCGGUGUGUCUGGAGGAGUACCGCAGACCCAGAGUACUGCCCUGUCUCCACGUCUUCUGCGAGGCCUGUCUGGAGAAACUGGUGGGGACACAGAGAGACAAAUUGAGCGCCCCGUGCCCCAACUGCCGCAAGCCCUCCCCUCUCCCCGAAGGGGGCGUGUCCAGCCUCCCCUCCGCCUUCUACAUCCAGCACCUUUUUGAGGUGAGGGAGAUCUUGGAAAAGGUGCGGGACCCGGAGAAGGCGCAGUGUGACAAGUGUGGGGAGGGAGAGGUGCAGGGUUUCUGUCGAGACUGUGGCCAGUUUAUUUGCCAGCACUGCCUCAUUACACAUCGUAAAUGGAAGGAAUUGCAGGGACACGAAAUAUCCACCCUCGACCAAGUUCAAGAAACAGCCUUGAAAAUGGUGACACCCAAAAAGGUGAGCUCCAUGUGUUCCAAGCACACAACAGAGCCCAUCAAGAUCUACUGCGAGACGUGCGAUGAGUUGAUAUGUCGCGACUGCACCGUCAAGACCCAUCACGACCACAACUACGACCUCGUCUCGGACACCUUCCCCAAACACAGAGAUGCCAUCCUUGCCUGCCUAGGUCCCGUCAAAUCUGAACUUGCUAGUGUAGGGAGCACCAUUGCACAGCUGAAGGCAAGGUCCAGCAGGCUAGAUGGACAGGGUAUAGAGGUGAAGGCACAGAUAGAUGCCGAAGUAGACAAGCUCCAGGCCAUCCUAGAGGCUCGCAGGAGGGAGCUUCACUCCCAGAUAGAUGGUGAGGUGUGUCAGGGGAAGAAGGAGCUGGCGGCCCGGAUUGACGGACACGAGUUGAGGCAGGCCCAGCUGAGCAGCUGUGUGGAGUUUGUGGAGGGGAGUCUGCAGAGUGGCACACAAGAGGAGGUGCUGUCGAUGAAGAGACAAGUGGAGGAGAGGGCACGGGAGAUGGCAGAAGAGUUCAAACCUCAGCAACUGGUGUUGGGUCCAGAGAAAGAGAUUAGUGUGGUGUGUGCAGACUUGAGUUCAGCAUGUCAGAAAUUAGGAGAAAUGAAGUUUGAAACCGUCUUUAGAGGUAUUCAUGUCAAGACAAUUAGUGAAAUAAACCGCCCACGUCACCUUGCCUUUGCCAAAACUGGGGAAACCGUUGUCUGUGAGCAAAAUGCAAACUGUAUGAAAGUCUUUGACAGUAAUCACAGGCUGUUGCGAUCAUUUGGAAACACAGGACCAGAGGAAAGCAGACUUUUUGAACCAAGAGGAGUAGCCAUCUCUUCUGAUAACACAGUGAUUGUAGUAGGUGGGGAUCAUAGUGUGAAAAAAUUCACUCUUGAGGGUCAGUUCAUAGCAUCAGUGGGUUCAAAGGGCAGUGGACGACUGCAGUUCAGUACGCCAUGGGCCAUAGCCUACAACCACACCAACAACAGAGUGUAUGUCUGUGACACUUACAACCAUCGCAUCACAAUCCUCCAGCAUGACUUGACAUUCCAUGGCAGGUUUGGAAGUGUGGGAAGUGAGGCAGGUCAAUUCAACCAGCCUGAGUGAAUAUCUGUCAGCAGAAGAGGAAAUGUAUUAGUAGCCGACUAUUUGAAUAAGAGAGUUCAGAUUUUCGAUGCCAAUGGCCAUCAUCUGUCAUCCAUCACUCACACUGUAGCAGGACAGGGACUGAGAGGACCAAUCAGUGUGGCAGUUGGACCUAAUGACUGGGUGUAUGUGGUUGAACAAAGCUAUCCCAGAGUAUCAGUAUUUGAUGAGAAUGGCAAGUACGUUAAGUCACUGGGGAAGAGAGGGAACAAAGAUGGAGAGUUCAAUGACCCAUAUGCUAUAGCUGUCAGAGAUGAUGGCUAUGUCUUUGUCAGUGACACUGGAAACAAUCGAGUUCAAAUAUUCAAGUGACACGAAACGCUUACAAAUUAUGCCUAAAACCUUUCCCCCUGUUUACUCUUUGCAAAGUUUGUGUGCAAUGUAUAUCUACCAUAUAAACUGGCAAUUAUUGUGGAGAAGUUUUUCAAAUUUC